AUGGCCGACCUCAAGACCCUCCUGCCAGAGCUCCAGAACGCUCUCGAGCGCCGACAGCUCGACGCAGCCAAUGACCUUCUCAGCAAAGCCAAGCGUGCUCUUCUCAUCCAAAAUGCUUUGAUACCCACACCUACUACACCCCCUCAGCUCGUCGUCCUUGCCAGACAGGUCCUUGAGCUUGGAGCCCUCGCUUCUAUCCGACAAACCGACGCCCAGACCUUCACAAGAUACUAUCAACAAUUGCAGCCUUUCUACGAUCUUGAGCGACACGUUGGUGGGCCAAACCAGCCAAAAGCAAAGGUGGAUGUUAGCACAAGCCAGCGCAGUAAGAUCACAGGAUUGUACUUGUUACUUCUCCUGAGCAGUGGCGAUAGCGCCAACUUCCAUACCGUGCUCGAGGGAUUGGUGGAGGAGGCCAGCUUGAAGGAUGCUCGUGUUGAGGAUGAUGCAUACAUCAAAUACCCAGUUGAUCUGGAGCGAAACUUGAUGGAGGGUAGCUAUGAUAAGGUGUGGCGGGAAACGAAGUCGGAGCGUGUGCCGGAUGAGGACUUUGGAUUAUUCUCCAACGUUCUUAUCGGUACCAUUCGCAGCGAGAUUGGCGACUGCUCGGAGAAAGCCUAUCCCUCCCUUCCUAUCUCGAACGCCAAGAACCUCCUCUUCCUAGAGUCAGAGGGUGCUGUUAUUGAAUUUGCCGAGCAGCGCGGCUGGAUCCUACGUGAUGGACGGAUAUACUUCCCCGUUGAGCCCGAGUCAGCUAUCAGGUCCGAGAAGGAUAUCUUGUUGGCCAGUGGCACCGUGAUCGAGAAUACACUAGGCUACGCCCGGGAGCUGGAGACAAUCGUUUAA